CCUGUCUUUGCAGAAGGCAGGAUGCUUUUGCCUUGGACAGUUAUGCUUUUGCUUAUGUUCCUGCAGCCUCUGGAGGCCACAGUGAAAGGAAGUGUCAUCCCGUUUAUCCAGGAACCUUACACUUCUUCCAGGAGGGAGCAGCUGGCUGAAGGUGACAAUGUAAGGAGGCAUUUCAUCUCAAAAGAUGCUCUGCUGGAGAUGGUUGGAGAACUGGGCAGGUGGUUAGGGUCUGUUGGCAAUCAUGAGAGGACACUGCUCUCGGAAGAGCCACUGAAAUGGAAAAGAGCACGCAGGGGAACAGAAGAUGAAGACUCCAAGACGGUUCAGAAGUACAUUCCAGGAAUAAAAGUUGAAUUUCCUCAGCCUGUCAAUCGUGCCAGCCUAAGGCCAACCAAGACUCUGGUGCCUUCCAGCACAUAUCCAUCAGAUCACCAUCGGAGAAGCCCAGCAGUGUACGAGGGCUCAGAACCUCACGACAAUAUAACUGUGGCAUCCGAAAAGCGCUCUCAGAUCCAAAAUCCUCUGUAUCCAGUGACAGAGAGCUCCUACAGUGCCUAUGCUGUCAUGUUCCUGUCCCUCAUUGUCUUUGCUGUGGGUAUCAUUGGGAACCUCUCGGUGAUGUGCAUUGUCUGGCACAAUUACUACAUGAAAAGUGCCUGGAACUCCAUCUUGGCCAGCCUUGCCUUCUGGGACUUCCUUAUCCUCUUCUUCUGCCUGCCGGUGGUCAUCUUCAACGAGAUCACCAAGAAGAGGCUGCUGGGGAACAUUUCUUGCCGCAUUGUGCCUUUCAUGGAGGUAUCAUCCUUGGGGGUGACUACCUUCAGCCUCUGUGCCUUGGGCAUUGACAGAUUCCAUGCAGCCACCAGCCCUCAAGCCAAGUUGCGGCCCAUCGAGCACUGCCACUCCAUCAUCGCCAAACUGGCUGUCAUUUGGGUGGGCUCAAUGACCCUUUCUAUACCAGAGCUCCUCCUCUGGCAGCUGGCACAAGACACCUCACCGGUCUCUGGAGUGGUGACUGACUACUGCACCAUGAAGCCUUCACAGGACCUGCCUGAAUCCAUUUACUCUCUGGUCCUUACUUAUCAGAAUGCCAGGAUGUGGUGGUACUUUGGAUGCUACUUCUGUUUGCCCAUCCUCUUCACAGUCAGCUGCCAACUGGUCACCAGAAGGAUCAGCAGCACUGAGAAGACAGAUUGUCGUGGUGCAAAGCAUGGCCAGUGUGAAAGCCAACUCAACUGCACAGUGAUUGGACUGACAGUCAUCUAUGGUCUCUGUGCAAUUCCCGAGAAUGUCAGCAACAUUGUGGUGGCCUACCUGUCUCCUGACAUGGCUAAGCAGACCCUGGACCUGCUAAGCCUAGUCAACCAGUUCUUCUUGUUUUUCAAGUGUUCAGUAACUCCUGUGCUGCUGCUGUGCCUCUGCAAACCACUAGGCCAGGCCUUUAUGGACUGCUGCUGUUGCUGUUGCGAGGAGUGUGGUCAGGAAGCUGCCUCCAGCAAUGGUGGCUCUGACAGCAAGAUGAAAACUGAGAUGUCCUCCUCCAUCUUCUUCGACAAGCCUCAGGAAUCGCCUACUCCUGUGGGAGCCAUUGGUACCCCAUGCUAAACUUAAUCAGCCCAGAGGGGAGUAUUAGUAGUUCUCUUUAGUAUUGAUUGGUGAAGGGACUGGACAGUGGAGAUGGAGCAAGUGUCACUCAUAUGCUUAUUCCAAAACCAACUCCAAUAAGAAUUAGUGACAAGGCCUUACAGAGAAGCUCUCUCUUCAGUGCUGAACAGUUACCACAGGUGUGAACAUUCCAGAAUCCCUCAGAUCCCAGGCAUGACUAGAGAGGCCACCGCCUGAGCGAGGAAGAUGCUAAGGAAUGUUCCACCUACACACCCUCAAGGACUAAGAGACCACAGUGUCUAAGAGAGGACAAAAUACAAAUUAACCCUUCACCAUUCAUACAGAUCUCACUGUCCUCCUCCAUUCCAGCCCCAGAGGCAGCCUCCUCUAAAAGAUAAGCACCGCCUUACCCUAGCCUCAAUAAACCAAUAAGCUGGAUAGAAAAAAUAUUUCCUGCGACACCAUUGUUAAUCUUUUGUAGUGCAGCUGGUUAUAUUGUAAGUCUUACUAGUGACCCUAAGUGAAA